AUGAGAAGAUCUGAGGUGUGUGGAACGAGUUUCAUCUGUGAUGAACAAGUUCUAAGGUGCGAUGAACAUGUUCUGAAGUGUGUUGAACAAGUUUUUAGGUGCGAUGAAAAUGGUCUGAGCUGCGAUGAGCAUGAUUUUAGGUACGAUGAACAUGUUCUAAGGUGCAAUGAGCAAGUUUUCAAGUGCGAUGUACAUGUUUUGAGGUGUGUUGAUCAAGUUUUUAGGUGCAAUGAACACGUUCUAAGGUGCGAUGAGCAUGUUUUCAAGUGCCAUGAUGAUGUUCUGAGGUGCAAUGAGGAGGUUUCCAUGUGUGACGAACAUGUUUUGAGGUGCGAUAAGCAUGUUCUGAGGUCCGUUGAGCAAGUUUUAAGGUAUAAUGACAAUAUUCUGAGGUAUAAUGAGCAAGUUUUCAGGGGCGAUGAACAUGUUCUAAGGUGUGAUGUACAAGUUUUCAAGUGUGAUGAACAUGUUUUAUGGAACGAUGAGCAAGUUUUUAGGCACGAUGAACAUGUUCUGAGGUGCAAUGAGCAAGUUUUCAGGUGCGAUGAACAUGUUUUAAGGUGCGAUAAACAUGCUCUGAGGUAUGAUGAGCAAGUUUUCAGGUGCAAUGAUGAUGUUUUGAGGUGCGACGAAGAAGUUCUGAGGUGCGAGGAACAAGUUUUCAUGUGUGAUGAACGUGUUCUAAGGUGUGAUGAACAAGCUCUUAGGUGCGAUGAGCAAGUUUUCUUUUGUGAUGAACAACUUCUGAGGUGCAAUGAGCAAGUUUUCAGGUGCAAUGAACAUUUUCUGAGGUGUAGUGAGCUAGUUUUCAAAUGCGAAGAACAUGUAAUGAGGUGCAAUGAAGAAGUUUUCAAGUGCAAUGAAAAUGUUCUAAGGUGCAAAGAACUUGUUCUGAGGUGCAAUGAGCAAGUUUUUAGGUGCAAUAAUCUUCUUCUGAGGUGCGAUGUACAUGUUCUGAGGUGCGAUGAUCAUGUUUUCUGGCGCAAUGAACAUGUUUUGAGGUGCGAUGAAUAUGUUCUAAGGUGCGAUGAACAUGUUCUAUGGUUUGAUGAGCAAUUUUUCAGGUGCGAUGAACAUGCUCAAAGCUUUGAUAAGCAAUUUUUCAGGUGUGACGAACAUGUUCUUAGGUGCGAUGAGCUUGUUUUCAGUGGGAAUAAACAAGUUUUCCAGUGCGAUGAACAGGUUUUGAGGUGCGAUGAGUGCGAUAAAAAUGUUCUGAGGUGUGAUGAACAAGUUUUCAGGUGCGAUGAACAUGUUCUAAGGUGCGAUGAGCAAGUUUUCAAGUGCAACGAACAUGUUCUGAGGUGCGUUGAGCAUGUUUUCUGGUGCGAUGAACAUGUUCUGAGGUACGAUGAGCAAGGUUUCUGGUGCAAUGAACAUGUUUUGAGGUGCAAUGAGCAAGGUUUUAAGGUCCAAUGA